GGUUUACAUCUGCGUUUGGCGAGGGACCAAACCCCGAGGAAGUCGUGGAUGCGCCAGGAGGCCCCAAUCUUUUCCUUCUUCACUGCGGAGACGAGAGAGUAGCGGCGAGCAGCAGCAGGGAAGCAAACGGGGGGGGCCCCCCUGCUGCAGCAGAUGGAGCGGAUGCUGCAGCCCUGGUCCACUUCGUCCAGGGCCUCCUGCUGCUGCAGCAGCAGCCCCUGCGGCGCCUGCUGCAGCAAACUCAUCGCGCCGGAACCCAGCAGCAGCAGCGGCGGCAGCAGCAGCAGCAGCGGCAGCGGCAGCUACGAAGACAGAGGCGCGCGCGGGCAGCUUAA